AGAGGGAGAGAGAGAGAGAGACGCACCAGCAGUCUGACAAAGCUGCUCUCCCUCCAAGUUUGACAUCCCCAGCGGGCUACAGAGGGAGUUCUGCUCCGCCGCGCUGCCAUGGAGCCUCGGAAGUGUACUGGAUGUGUAUUGAUUGGAGUUUACCUGUGGGCGACAUUCUGCUGCCAAGGUUGUCAUGGCGGCGUGUACCAGAGGAAGCUCUACCGAGACCUGAUGGUAAACUACAAUCGUCUGGAAAGACCCGUCCAGAACGACUCUGCACCCAUCGUGGUGGAACUCGGCCUCACACUGCUACAAAUCAUUGACGUGGAUGAAAAGAACCAGGUGUUGAUCACAAAUGCCUGGCUGCAGCUGUAUUGGACAGACAUUUACCUGUCGUGGAACCCAGAGACCUACCCCGGGGUUCAGAACCUACGCUUCCCUUCCAAUCUGGUCUGGGUCCCAGAUAUCCUCCUCUACAACAGUGCUGAUGAGAGGUUUGAUGCCACGUUUCAUACAAAUGUCCUAGUAAAUGCUACAGGAUCCUGCCAGUACAUCCCACCAGGUAUCCUGAAGAGUACCUGCUACAUCGAUGUGCGGUGGUUCCCGUUCGAUGUGCAGAAGUGUGACCUCAAGUUUGGCUCGUGGACCCACAACGGCUGGCUGCUGGACCUCCAGAUGAUGGACGUGGACAUCUCCACCUACAUACCCAACGGGGAGUGGGAUCUCGUAGGAGUGCCAGCUAAGCGUAAUGAGCUGUAUUACGACUGUUGUAAGGAGCCGUACCCUGAUGUGACGUUCACUGUCACCAUGCGCCGCAGGACACUUUACUACGGCCUCAACCUGCUCAUCCCCUGCGUGCUCAUCUCUGGUCUGGCCCUGCUGGUCUUCCUGCUCCCUGCUGACUCCGGAGAGAAGAUCUCACUCGGCAUCACAGUGCUCCUGUCUCUAACAGUGUUCAUGUUACUGGUAGCAGAGAUCAUGCCUGCCACUUCAGACUCUGUUCCUCUCAUUGCUCAGUACUUUGCCAGUACCAUGAUGAUUGUGGGCUUGUCUGUGGUGGUGACGGUCCUGGUACUACAGUUCCACCACCAUGACCCCCAUGGAGGGAAGAUGCCUAAAUGGGUCAGAGUCAUCCUACUCAACUGGUGCGCCUGGUUUCUCCGCAUGAAGAAACCUGGAGAGGAAAGAAAAACCGCUGUGAAUUCUAGUAACCCCCCAAACUACAAGUACCCCCACGCUCCUCCUCACCACACCAGCACCACCAGUAUUCAGAUGAGCACCAUACCAGGGCAGGCGUCCACCCAGUCAACCACGACCAACGGGAGCAUGAACCUGUACUUUGGCUACCACACAAUGGGCACAGACAACCCUGCCUUCCCACCCAGCACUGAUUCAAGUGUGGUGGUGUGUGGUGGAGGCGGAGGCGGCCAUCCUAACGGCUCCUCCCCACACGACAUCCACUCAGAACAGACGCGGACUCUGCUGCUGGAGCAGGUUCCAGAAAUCUCCCGGAUCCUGGAGGAAGUGCAGUAUAUUGCCAGGCGCUUCCGGGAGCAGGACGAAGGAGAGGCGAUCUGCAGCGAGUGGAAGUUUGCAGCGGCGGUGGUGGAUCGGUUAUGCCUGGUGGCUUUCUCGCUCUUCUCCAUCAUCUGCACCUUCACCAUCCUCAUGUCAGCUCCCAAUUUCAUUGAGGCUGUGUCCAAAGACUUCACAUAAGGCUCAUGUUCUCACCUCUCCAAGAGGAAAACGAGAGGCAAAGCUAACAUUAAAAAUCCUGACACGAUUAGGACUGUGCCACACAAGCCUCCCUGCUACAACGAUGUGAAGCCACACAAGUUUCAAUUCCUUUAACGGUUACAAGUCAUAGUUCACCAACAGCAAGUUAUUUGUCAGUAGUAUAUGGUUGUUUGGAGAUCAUGUGAUGUUUCCCUUUCAAGGUGGCUCUCCUCACCAACACCGUACAUACAGUAAGCCACAUAGGAGGUCGAGGUUAAUGAUGUAGAAACUCACACUAAUGCACUUUUGCAUCUGUAUCCCUGCUGUGCCACAUCGUUUUCCUGCCACCACCUGGGCUUCAUGUCUCUUCAGAAUAUAUUGUUAACACUACUUCCCUUACAGCAUUUUCUUUCUUCACUUCCUACCCAACUGUAGCACUUCUCAUCUUCUACAAAUGUCUUAAUGUCUUCAGCAGUUACAUGCCGUCAAUAGAGUUCAAUAAACAGUUUUAGGAAUAGUUUUUCAGGCCUGUCUUCGGGUAAUGUUAGUUUUUUGUAUUUUGUAAAUAAAUCUAUAUUGUACUUUAUAAAUAUGACAAAGCUGGGAUUAACUUUUUUAUUAAGUUGUUGAAUUUAGCAAGAGCUACUAACUCAUAGCACAGUACAUCUCACUUCUCGUUUAACUAACAUAAUUUCAUUAUGUAUAUAAAAUGUAAGGAAAAUAGUGAAAAAUGUCCAUCAUAAUAUACCAGAAACCAAGACGACGUAUUUACAGUUUCACAGUAUAGUGGGGUUUUUGGAAAUCCAGACAGAGAUUUUCAAUACUGUAAAAAAUACAGCCUGCUCUUGGGCUUUGUAACAAGUGUACCAUGACAGCUAGCUGGUGGUUGGCUAUUUAGGUAGCUUGCUAAUUUUAGUGAGCUAGCUAAUUUGCUAAUUCCACCAAGCCCUUCAUGCUACACUGGAUGAUGUGGAGCUCGGAGGCCUUGUGCUGAGCCAGUUGAAACGUUUCCCAACAAAUAUUUAAACCCAGCAAGAAUUGUCUAAGUAAGCUAACUGCAUAUUCAAUACACAGCAUUGUAGGCUUCAAUGUCAUAGAUGCUACAUUGACUUCUAUGACAAGAAGCUCAGCUUUUAUGUUUUGUUUUUACACAAACUAGUGCAGUGCCCGUAGGAAGUAUGUAUUCGUCUGCAACUCCAUAAAACACUUACUUUUCAUAAGGUACCACACCAUCCAGCACAUACACAUUGAUCAUUGAUAUUUGCUGGAAACUAUUCGAAUAUUAUUGGAAAAUCGAACUUUGUAGCGCACUUUAAAACUCUGAAAGAUAGGUAGGCUAAAUAGACCUACAGAUGAGAUGAGUCAUGGUGGAAAUCCAGAGUGAAUUGUGUUACUGACCAGGUGUAGGCCUAUCACACAAUGGGGCGGAGCUCCCUUAAAAGGGGGCGGAGCGUCCGAUCGGAAACAGUGCAAUGCUGCAACACGUCCUACAUAAAUAAUGAUAUUUUAAAAAAUUAAUUCAAAAAUCUUCAAAAUAGAGGAUGCACACCUUCGUGCCAUGUGCAAGCCACAUACGAAAUCUGAGGUCAGUCUGACUAACGGUCAGAGAGAUAUGAACUAGACACACACACACACACACACACACACACACACACAGACGCUUCUUGCUUUUAUAGAUAGAAACUGUAAUAUGCUGUAUACCACUAAAUAAAUAGGUAGCGCCCAAGCCUAAAUGAGAUUUCUUGUUCGAUCCAAACAUGUUUUGUGCAACAUCCAUUAACAGUUCGAAACUCAAAGUUAUUCAAUUUACUAUCAUAUGACAAAGAAAAGCAUCAAUUGCUCACACUUGAGGAGCUUGAAACAGUAAAUGGUGGGCAUUUUUGCUUAAAAUGACCAAUUAAUCCUCAAAAUAGUUGAAUAUUGUUCCCUUGAGCGUCUACUGACAAGUUAUUUCAGCUCUACUUUCAACAUCUCCAUCUUGUCACUCUUUUUCACAUAUGCAAGUGCUGGAUUGGUCCUCACUCACAGCUUUUUCUUGCCUUUCAAGUCAUCCUCAUUAUUUUCUUGCACUUCCUUUUUUGUCACCAAUCUUCUCAUUUCUUUCCUGCACAGCACACACCUAGGUUCUAUAUCCAUUAGUGUGACUAGAUAAAAUGUUACCAUUGCCAGUGAGAGUCCUAAAUGUGACAUUAGAGAUAUUACAGUUUUGCUCUUUUCAAGUUUGUCAAAGUGUGAUGUCAUUUUAGAAGGGAUCACCCAACAUUUCUCCUUGCCACCAUCCUUUGUGCUAAACAAUAUAUUUUGUUAGCUUUUCAGAACUCUGGCUAUUUGUAAAUCACUCACAUUAUUCACAAUGUAUUUUUUUUAUUUUAGUGUAAUUCAAUGUUUAUCUGACUUGUGUUGCUGUAUUUGGAUGAAACUCGCAAUGAGGAAGAAGAUCAACGGAAUAUGUAGUGAUUGAAAGACAAUAUUUGUUAUUCUGAGGGAUCUUUAAAUGGAUUCUGAAGGGACAUCACCCCACUAGAUGCAUUUGGUACUAAUCUUUUGUAGUGCUAAGUGCUUUGUGUUUUUACUCUCUAAUACUCAGCGAAAGGCAAACUCUUUCUCUAAUCUCUAGCAACAACAUGCAUCAAGGAUUACUGGGUGACCUUAUGUAACAGAUUUGUGUUAAACCUUCUCGCCACCCGAGCGUCCCCUCUGAUCCUCAGCGGUUCAAGACAUGUGUGAAUUACCACUUCAACACAUGCAACUGAACUCACAGGCUUCUCCAACUUAACACAUUGCCAUUUUAAGUUGGUUUUUAAGAAGAACUGAGGGAGAAUGAAAACAACAAAAUACAGAACAUUGUGUGGCUGCUGCAGAAAGAGUCACUGAAAUGGAUUUCAUGCUGUUACAGUUAAUCAAUGGGCCGAGUGCGGACAAAUAGCUGCCACCCAUCGACGGCAUUCAUGUCACUCUAUGACUCCGAGACUGUAAAGCAUUUAAAUGUCAUCCACUUAUAAUGGAAGGACAGAAAAAGGUGAAGCAAUCUGGACUGAAAUGUACAUGCAGUACACGUUUCUUUUCAUUUUUUAUACAGUUUUGAAGAGGAAAUCAGGAUUCUCAACAUGGUUUUUUCUGUCCAACCAGGAAUGUGAUAUUUAAUUUGGUUUUAGACAUUACAAAUAUGGUCAUUUUCCCCCGUUUACAUGUAACGUAAUGUUAUUAAGUUCAAGGAGUGGGUUGUUGUUGAGGGUUUCUUGUCUAGAGUUGAUGAGAUGAGAAGAUUGACAUAUCUGUCAUGUCUGUAUGGUAUAAGUAUAAAGCUACAGCUGGUAGCCAGUUAACUUAGCAAAAAGACUGGAAACAAAGGGAAACACUAACACUGAAUACCAAUACUUAACAUGAUGAGCUGGUUAAUAUUCUUCUGUUUUAUCUGGUUUAAACAAACCAGAUAUAACAGGUUAAUUAGUGAGCUUGAGUACAGUAUAUGCUGCUACUAGCUGGUUAGCUUAGCACAAAGAUCCUAGACGUUUCUCAAUGGCAGAUAUGGAGCUAAAGCUAGCAGUUGCAGUUAUCUUAGUUUAGCAUAAAUACAACAAGCAGAUGCACCAGAAAGUUAAGCCAGGAAGACGAGAAUUACUUAGUGAGUUUUAAAUGUACUGGGAGGUGUAUUUUUGGUUACUUUUGGAAAGGAUCAGGCCAGUUUUUCACCCCAGUUUAUAGUCUUUAUGCUAAGCUAACUUAACCGGAUGCUGAUGGUACCUUCAUAUUUAAGGGACAGACACAAAAGUUGUAUUAAUGUUGUCUAACUCUUGGCAAGAAAAUGCAGUUGCCUUGCAGUAUAGACGGGAAACAAGAAGAAACACUAACACUGAAUACCAACACUUAGCAUGAUUAGCUGUUUCAUAUUAUUCUGUUUUUAUAUGGAUUAAACAAACAAGAUAUAACAGGUUAAUUAGUGAGCUAUAGUACAGUAUAUGCCGCUGCAUCAGUAGCUGGUUAGCUUAGCACAAAGAACCUAGUGAUGUCUCGAUGGCAGAUAUGGAGCUAAAGCUAGCAGUCGCAGUUAUCUUAGUUUAGCAUAAAGACAACCAGCAGAUGCACCAGAAAGUUGAGCCAGGAAGACUUAGUGAAUUUUAAAUGUCCUGUAAGGUGUAUUUGGUUACUUUUGGAAAGGAUCAGGCCAGUUUUUCACCCCAGUUUACAGUCUUUAUGCUAAGCUAACUUAACCAGAUGCUGAUGAUACCUUCAUAUUUAAGGGACAGACACUAAAGUUGUAUUAAUCUUGUCUAACUCUUGGCAAGAAAAUACAUUUGCUUUGCAGUUUAGCUGUAUUCAACUAAAUCUAACAUCAUUUGAAGUCAACAAGAUACGUAGCCAUACCAAAAUAAUGUUUUUUCCAAGGUUUUAAGGCCGGAACAAGGCGAAGUAUUAUAAAUAACUGUGAUGUUGGUCAAUAUUUCAAAGAUAUGACAGCCUCGAUAGCAGCCGUCCAUCUUAUCUUUAGUGGUGACCCCUUAUUAUUUUUCCUCCUUGGUUCAGGCUUGAUCCCUAAAUGGCGCUUGUGUGAUAAAUUUGAUUUUAGAGACCACUGUUUCAUGUCACCAUGCCAGACGAAUCACUCGACUCAGUGGAGUGGAUUCAAAAGGUCUGGACCCAAGCAGGUAUUUACUAAAAUCUUGAACUAUUCCUCUUACAUUGGUCCAUGUGUCACUGCACAUUUUGUAGAUUGUAAGUUGCACAGGUUACUCCAGGUGAAGACUUAAAGCUGAGCACUUUUUGAAGGAAUCCAAGGGUUUGGUAUUUUAUCUGUCAAAGUUCAUGUGGACAGAAGUCACUGUAAGUAUGUUAGAUCGAGAAAAGAGCAAAUCUUGAUUACUGACUCUUGGAGAAUACUAACAGUGGAUAUGUAAUCACUAAUAUGAGAUGUGGGAUUAGAAGUGUUCUCUACACACAUGACUUAGACUGACUUAUGUAGAUACUUUGUGAGAUAACCUAACCCAUUUCUAUUGUUACUCACUCAUGUUGAUGUCUAUUCAGCAUUUGUUUUUCAUGUGAGAAGCAUUUAUGGCACUGAAAGUGUUUAAAACUUGUGAAGUGAAGAAUUACGGAAACCUACAAAUGGGACUGCACUGAAAAUAUGAAAAGAGAAUUAGGUAUUCUGGGCAAAUGUGAACCUGUGUUGACUUAUAUUGAAAGUGAAAAUGACGGUGUGACUGUUUGCUCUUGCCGUGCUAUCACAGGCUUCUUUUUUAUGCUUUUAAAUCACCAGUGUUGUAUUUUAGUCAACUUGAGUGUCUUUUUCUUUGUUGUCUGUGCCUCUCUGCUCAGUAUGAUUCAUUCUCCAAUGAAGGAUGUACAUAAAUGCUCACUGUACAUGACUAUUUUGAGAAAUAAAGGAGAAAUGGGGUAA